AACCUUUACAAUAACUUUGUUUACAAAGUGUGGUGUUCGGAUGUGAUGGUUUCCUGUAGACUGAUUUAUUGUUUUUAAAGACCAUUUUUUCCAGAUAAGAUGGUUUUAGAAACAGUAUCUAGUAGCAAGGCUGGUACCAUCAGAUCCCUCCUUAUUCGUGCAUGGAGGGAAAGAUGGUCUGAUCUGCAAUGGGGUAUUCAUAUCAAAACAGUUUUGCCAAGAGCUGUCAGUGGGGACAUAUAUCACUUAGCUGAUUACAUCCUGCAACAGGCAUUGAUGGGACCCCUUCCAAACAGUCUUAUUUUGUCCUACUUACGUCACUCCCUCAGUUCACAGAUUGUUUCAUAUGGAGGCGUUAUCGAGAGUAUUAGUAACUAUGAUGGUCUUCACAAACCCCACUGCGUCCAGUCAUUACUAGAGCUCUUGAAAUCUAUGAUGAAAAGUGUCUCCUGUCGAGGGAAACCUGAAGAUUGUUUGGUUUUAGCCACAGCUCUUGUUAAUGGCGUGAAAUGGCUUAUUCAGGUGAUGGGAUGGACUACCCAGCAGCUUCUCGAUCUUCGUAAGGCUCCGGAGCACACCACCAAUUUGUCUCUUGCAGUAUCGGUUCUCCAGGACAUACUUGACUGCCAGUUCCUGACGUGCAUGCUGGAAAUAGGCCGCAGGGAAGAGCCAAGUGUAUGGAGUGUGAGUCUGAAAAAAAUGGCUGAAGUAGAGACUCUUCUUGCUGGUGCUGGCUCGGUGAUAGAGAAUAAGGAUGGUUACAUCAAAACUUUAUGUCAGUUGCGGGAUCAGCAACCCCUUGAAAGUGUUGGUAGGAAACACAGAUUUGAUAGCUGCAGUGUUCCUUUGUGCUAUGCAAUGCACAGUAUAAUAAUGCUUGAAGUAAACCAGCACACAACCCGUGAUGCAGCAACCUUUGCUCAACAGUUGCUUUUGCUGCAACGGCUCCAGGGACUGAACACCACGGAACUCUAUUUUGAAAUUCUUCGUUGUAGUUUUAUUGGCCUCAGUUCCCCUGAAUACCAGAGUUAUCAAGAACUUAAGUGGGUUGGUUUUACAUUCAUUAAAGUUCCUGUUAUUCUCCAAACAAUUCAUGUUGCUGUUGCAGGAGAGUCAGCCACAGGAGAAUCAGAAGACCUUCUUGCAGCCAUCAAACGUUUAGCCCAACUAAAUAACCUCCUUGACCAAGUAGACUUGCAUAUUAAUUGCAACUGCAUGGAAUUUCUACUGAAUGAGCUAUGCAACAAGACCAGUCUUCUUCUUGAGAGGGAUGCACAAGCUAUAAUUGCAACAAGGUUGCAAGAAUCAAAUGUACUCGCCAACAUUCAGAAGAAUGAUGCUCAAGGAUCUCAUCCAGGCAAUCCGAGUCUUAUUUUACGAGCACAGCCCCCUGUUAGUAAUAUCCUGAAGACCCUCAGCAAUAAAAAUCAGGACUCUGCUCUUCCCGUUAUGACCCUCCUAGUAAGUGGGAAGAGUCGGGAUCUGUUACUGGCAGCUGCUGCUGCCUCAGGGAAUCUGCUUGUAUUUGCUCAGAAGGUUGUGAAGUUUAAUGAACUUAGUAUGGAAGCACAGCCGGGUGAGACUCCUAAAAUGGCCAUCAGUCGAGCUCAGAUGUUUGACAUCUCCUUUCUUCUUCUCUGCCAUAUUGUUCAGAUUUAUGGAAUAGAUGUUGUUGUCUCUGAGAAGUGUGAGACCUUCAUUGAGCAGUGGAUGAGAGACAACAUGCCAGAGCUGGGAAAGGUCAAAGCACCUCUUAUAUCCUCCCACACAGAUCAAAGUGCUGUUGAGGAUUUCAUCAGACAAGUUAACAUCACAGAUAUUGAUAUGAAAUACAAUAUGGUUCGCUGGAAUGAUGUUUGUCAGAUGGCUGGGGCAGCACUCAAGGAAGUAGUUACUGCCUCACAACAUGGAGCUUUGCCCAUUCAGCAGGUCAAAGAGCUACUGGAUCGCCUUCGUUAUCACUUGUGCUGCCUGCCAAUUUGUGCUGCUGCUUGGCUUUGUUCUCAUGUACAGGUUGUGGAUGGCGACCAGGCAGUCUUACCCUUCAGCUUAUUACAGUAUUUACAGACUUCACUCGGUGAUCAUGAUUCAUCCACUCCAACUUUAGAAAAUUUCAAAGAUAGAUCUUCUCUUUUGGUUCUCAUUGUAGAAAACAUGUUACAAGUAACAAAGGGCGGCAUCCACUCGUCAUCUGCUGCAAAUAACAGUGGGAGCAGCAUCAGUGGAACAAAUGGAAAAGAAGUCAGCAUGGCAAUGGAAACAAAUGCUCCCUCCCUCUUGUCAUCCCAAGAACCUCUGUCUCACCUGUUGAAAUCCACUUGGCAGCAAAUUUUUCCAACUGGAAUAUUAAGCCACAAAGCCCUGUCUACAUUCCAAGAUCUACUCAGGCUUGGCGGAACAAGAUGGUUUGUCAAUGACUUGGUGCAGUGCGGUAUGCAGAUUGUCUUCACUUCAGACCUGAAUCGAGCUGUUGACCUGAUUUACGGCCUCCUCCAUCUGGAUGUUGUCGGUUGCACUCUGAGUUUUUUGGUCCAUGCACUUCCCUUAUACAUGACUGGUCCAAAUACAGGUGAUUUAUUAUGUGGGCCAAGGACAUGUGCUCUUUCUCGCUUAACGGUCAUGAUGAUUAUAUCAGCAUGGUUAGCUGUUCAGCAGCCAUCUUUAGUAAAAUCUGAGCCAGGGACCGCAAGUAGCACCAUGACUGGAGGAACUGGUAAUUCAAGAAAGCGUACUUACCAUGAUCGUGAACUGGAGGAGAUGGAGGCAAAUCUUCAGCUACAUUCAGGAGAACUUGCAAUACCACGUGGUACUCCAGGCCUAAGUAGAGAUGGAACUUCCCUUUUAGUUGCUGUUGAGUCUCUCUUGAAGUUGAUGACUCAAGUUAGUCGAGCUGGUGUAGUAAGCCCAGUCUCUCAGCUGGUAGUGAACAUUUUGCACGAACUAAUUGGUGCUCCUUAUAGCCAUACACUUCUUACUCUCACUCCUCCAGCACUUCUCCCAAACUUGGUACCACUACUCUCUGAACCAGAUUCAUUUACAUAUGCUCAGCUUUUAGCAAUAACUUCUCCUAAAGCUGUGGAUACCCUUGAAGGCAUCAAGGAGUUUGCAGGCGACCUAAUAGAUGCCCAGACUCCAGCUCAAGCAGCUGGAGCAAGGCGAGCAGCAGCAAAGUUAUUGUGUGUUCAGCGCAAUUUAACUCUCUCCGCUGUUUCUUCUCUAGACGUUACUUCUUAAGGUACCUGAAUAACACGAUUGCAAUAAUGUAUAAGAGUUACUAAGAAGGAAUUGUCGAGUAAUAUAAACCAGUUCUUGAGUUAGUAUUUAUGCAAAUAUGUGGACCAGAAAACAGAUGGCUGGAUACUAUGCAUAGACUUUUUUGAGGAAAACAAGACACUUUGCACCAAGUUACUAAGUUAAGAAGUUGUUAUAUAGAUGUAACAGUGUUGAUUAUUUUUUAAUAAAGAUUUUUUUUAUGGUAUAA